AUGGACCCAGUUGUGGCCCUGGUGCUCUGUCUCUCCUGUUUGCUUUUCCUUUACCUAUGGAAACAGAGCUCUGGAAAAGGGACCCUUCCACCUGGCCCCACUCCUCUCCCAAUCAUUGGAAACAUACUCCAGUUAGGUGUGAAGAACAUCAGCAGAUCCUUCAGCAACCUCUCAAAAGUCUACGGCCCGGUGUUCACAGUGUACUUGGGCAUGAGGCCCACGGUGGUGCUGCAUGGAUACGAAGCAGUGAAAGAAGCCCUGAUUGACCAGGGUGAGGAGUUUUCUGGAAGAGGGUGUUUCCCAGCUACUGAAAGAUAUAGCAGAGGACUUGGAAUCCUUUUCAGCAAUGGCACGCAAUGGAAGGAGACCCGGCGCUUCUCUCUCAUGGCCCUGCGGAACCUGGGCAUGGGGAAGAGGAACAUUGAGCACUGUGUUCAAGAGGAAGCCUGCUGCCUCGUGGAGGAGCUGAGAAAAACCAAGGCAUCACCCUGUGAUCCCACUGUUAUCCUGGGCUGUGCUCCCUGCAAUGUGAUCUGCUCCAUUAUUUUCCACAAUCGUUUUGAUUAUAAAGAUAAAAUUUUUCUAGAUAUACUGGAAACAUUUCAUGAAGAUAUGGAGAUUCUGAACUCUCCGUGGAUACAGGCCUACAACGUCUUCCCUGCUCUCCUUGACUAUUUCCCGGGGAGUCAUAAAAAAUUACUUAAAAAUACUGCUAGUAUAAAAAAUUACAUUAUGGAGAAAGUAAGGGAACAUCAAGCAUCCCUGGACAUUAAUAAUCCUCGGGACUUUAUCGAUUAUUUCCUGAUCAAAAUGCAGCAGGAAAAGCACGAUUCACACUGGGAGUUUACUUUUGAAAACCUGACAACCACUGUAUCUGAUUUAUUUGGAGCUGGGACAGAGACAACAAGCACCACCCUGAGAUAUGCUCUCCUACUCCUGCUGAAGUACCCGGAGGUCUCAGCUAAAGUCCAGGAAGAGAUUAAGCGUGUGGUUGGCAGAGAGCGGAGCCCCUGCAUGCAGGACAGGAAGCACAUGCCCUACACAGAUGCCAUGGUGCACGAAGUCCAGAGAUACAUUAACCUCAUCCCCACCAACCUGCCCCAUGCAGUGACUCAUGAUGUGAAAUUCAGAAACUACCUCAUCCCCAAGGGCACGAGUGUAAUAACAUCUCUGACUUCUGUGCUCCAUGAUGGCAAAGAAUUCCCCAACCCAGAGACGUUUGACCCUGGCCACUUUCUGGAUGAGACAGGCAACUUCAAGAAGAGUGACUACUUCAUGGCUUUCUCGGCAGGAAAACGGAUGUGUGUAGGAGAGGGCCUGGCCCGCAUGGAACUGUUUCUAUUCCUGACCACCAUUUUACAGAAAUUUACCCUGAAGCCUGUUCUCGACCCGAAGGACAUCGACAUCACCCCAAUUAUGAACUCAUUUUCUUCUGUGCCACCUCCUUACCACCUCUGCUUCAUUCCUGUGUGA